GCUGCACGCGCCUCCGGACGAGCGAGCAGCUUCCGGUUUGAAACGUUUCACAUUCAUUUUUUUAAAUUUCAUUUCUUCUGAACCUGGAGGAUCCGGAUCAGAACCACCAGGAGGACUGACCAGUAGCAGGAACAGGAGCACGAGGAUGUCCCGUGCAGAGGAGCGCGAGGAGGCGGACUGUGUGUGCUCGGUCGGGAUGAAGUUCACGUGGGACAUCAACGACCCCAAACUGCCGCAGGACACAAAGCAGUUCGACCCGUUCCAGGAGUGGACAGAUGGUUACGUCCGGUUUAUCUACAGUGCUGAAGAUAAGAACGCUCAGAGACAUCUUUCCGGCUGGGCGAUGAGAAACACCAACAACCACAACUGUCAGAUUCUGAAGAAGUCAUGUCUUGGUGUGGUGGUCUGUUCUCGAGGUUGCACGCUGCCCGAUGGCUCCAGACUUCAGCUCCGCCCUGCCAUCUGUGACAAGGCCCGGCAGAAGCAGCAGAAGAAACUGUGUCCGAGCUGUAACGCCACCCUGGAGUUGCUGCCAUGUCGUGGUCACAGCGGUUACCCCGUCACCAACUUCUGGAGAGUUGACGGAAAGGCCAUCUUCUUCCAGGCUAAAGGUGUCCAUGAUCAUCCCAGACCAGAGUCCAAGUCCGAGACUGAAGCCAGAAGAAGCUCAGUUAAGAGACGAGUCAGCUCACCACCAUUCACGCCCAAGAGACGACUCAUUGAAACACAGGCUCUGGGCCCCGCCCUUCUCUCCUGUGUUGAUCCAUCAGACAGAAUCUCCUUCAUAGAGCCAAAUUUCCCGCAGCAUUACCCAGCAUUCCAGAGCCCAGAGCCCUACUACAACCCACAUAAUGCACUAGGAGAUACCCCGGCCACACUUCAGAAACCAGCCAAUCCCAGGCUUUACAUGGGCCGGCCUGGCUAUGACUUUCAAGGAUACCUGACCUCACCUUCAUACCCCAUGACCUCUGAUCUCUGUGACCCCAGAGUGGCCCCGGUCCUAGGUUCCUCUUCUUCCUCCACUUCAUCGUCGGCUCCUCUCUCCUCCUCCUCCUCCUUCGACCCCCAGACGAAGUCUCCUGCAGGCUGGAAGGACCUGCUGAAGAGCUCCGCCCCCUACGGCGAUAACCACCACUACUACAGUGCUGAGUACCCCUGCCGAUAUCCCAGCAAUGCCCCAGGGUCGCCCGCAGCGCUGCAAACCAUCAUCACCACCACAACCAAGGUCUCCUAUCAACCCUGUCCAAAGCCUCCUGCGGCGCUUCCUUCCUACCAGUCCUGUCCUAAACCUCCUGCCGGCCUCCCAUCCUACCAGCCAUGUGCUCCACCCAAACCACCAGGCCUCCCUGUCUGCUCCUCCCUGAUGGACGAUCCUUCCUCCUCCUCGUACUCCACCGAGGUGAAGGUGACGGAAGAGUCGGGUGGAGUCAUCAAGUCUCUGUCAUUUCAGCCCGAACCUCUGCAGACCAAAACAGAACGAGCUGACAGCUACGACUACCGCUACGCCUACCCCAACACGUACCGCUAUGACGACUAUUGACACAGUACUACCCUACUGCUGUUACCACAGCUACUGUUACCAUGACUACUGCUACACCUACCUAACAUAAUGCUGACGCAGCAUUACUAUGACAACUGCUAUCAUGACUACUAUUACCAUGACUACUGUUACCAUGACUAUUACCAUGAUUACUAUUACCACGACUACUGUUACUACGACUACUGUUACCAUGACUACCGGUGUGAGCAAAUGCCACUGUUGAACAGAUCUGAACAGACUGAACUACGGUGACUGGAUAGUUCAGGUGCUCUGAGGAUCUGGAUCAUCAGGAAAAAAUUCUGAACAAAAACCUUGGUCCAUGAGAAACAUUCUGAAAACAGUUUAUUCAUGUACUUUCAUCCAAAAGGAAGCUUUUCCAUCUGCCAUGUGCCAGCUCUGGUUUCCCUCUGGAGCCCCUUUCAGAACCAGAACCAGGACUCUGCUGGACCUGAAGACGUUAACUGAAGGCUCUGCUUGCUUUCAGGUACAUCUCUUGGCUUUCCUCAGCAAAGGGAGUUUUAUGGUUUUGUCUGUUGGGUUUCGUGAUACUAACCUUACUGGCAUAAAGAAGACCAUGUGCUGGGGCUGAAAGCUGGAGAUCAUUUGAAAUUAGUGUGUUUUGUGCCCUGUUUUCUGAUCAGCAUUAAAAAUAUAAAAUAUUUGCUGUCACUGCAUUCAGAAAGGAUCUUUUAUUUAUUGAACCUGUCGCUGAAUCAAACGUCAUCACCUGUGAACUGUGUCACAUUAAACUGUUGGUAUGUCCAACGCUUGUUUUCUCUUCAUGUGAACAUAUAAAACUGUUUAACCCAUUCAUGACUGAUACUGACUGA